GAAAACGUAAACAAUCCGCAGUCGAGGAUUUUAUCGUAACACCACACAUCUUGAGCAUUAAAAGGCCCAAGGUUAUCUUUAUAACCAGCUGGAUGUAUCAAUAGAUAAAGGGAGAGAGCUUGUGGAACAGAGAGAAGAUUGCUGAUCAGAAUGAGUGGAGGACUUGCCCCAAGCAAGAGUACUGUUUAUGUUGGAAAUCUCCCAUUUUCACUAACUAACAAUGAUCUUCACAAGAUUUUUGAAAAAUAUGGGAAAAUAGCAAAGGUGACUAUUAUGCGGGACAAGAUAACAAGGGCGAGUAAGGGUGUUGCCUUCAUACUGUUUGUUGAGAGAGAUACUGCACACAAAGCCUGCCAUGCUCUUCACAACACAACCAUGUUUGGACGUACAAUACGCUGUACCAUUGCUAAAGAUAAUGGCCGAACCACUGAGUUUAUCAAGAGAAAAGACUAUCCAGACAAAUCACGAUGCUAUGAGUGUGGGGAGGAAGGACACUUGAGCUACAAAUGCCCAAAGAAUUUAUUAGGAGAACGCCAACCUCCACCGAAGAAGGAAAAAAAGAAAAAGAAAUACCAAGAAGAGGAAGGUGAAGAAGAGGAAGAAGAAGAAGAUGAGGACAAGGAUGAUGAUAUACCUGACCCGGCUCUGGAUAGCCUGGCUGCUGCCAUCAGUUAUCAGAGGCAACAAAUGGAAAGUGAAGUUGCCAGGCGGUAUGGCGAGACAAGCCUCAAUUUCAAUGAUGUGGAGGAACCUAAACGCAAGAAGUACAAAAAGGAUACAUACUUUAGUGAUGAGGAGGAAGUGGACGAUGACUGAGGACUUCUAGGAUCUUUACUGCUGCAUGAGUGAAUAAGUUCAUGUUUGCCAAGAGAUCUCACCGUUCAGUACAGGUGCUAGUUGCCAGUAAGACAUGUUACCAGACAUUUCUGGCUCCAGUACAUGGUUGCCAGUAAGACCUGUUACCAGGAGGUUACUGGCUACAAUACAUGGUUGCCAGUAAGACAUGUUACCAGACAUUUCUGGCUCCAGUACAUGGUUGCCAGUAAGACAUGUUACCAGGAGUUUUCUGACUACAAUACAUGGUUACCAGUAAGACAUGUUACCAGGAGUUUUCUGGCUACAGUACAUGGUUACCAGUAAGACAUGUUACCAGGAGUUUUCCGGCUACAGUACAUGGUUACCUGUAAGACAUGUUACCAGGAGUUUUCCGGCUACAGUACAUGGUUACCUGUAAGACAUGUUACCAGGAGUUUUCCGGCUACAGUACAUGGUUACCUGUAAGACAUGUUACCAGGAGUUUUCCGGCUACAGUACAUGGUUACCUGUAAGACAUGUUACCAGGAGUUUUCCGGCUACA